AUGGCGCCAAAUCCUUCAUCUGAGGGCACCCCUCUCAAAAAGCCAAGACCGGUGAUUCCUUCUCCCAGACGGAUCAAAUGGUGUAAAGAAGAUUUCUCUCCCGACGAAUGGCGUCGUGGAGUAGAUGUGAAAUGGGAUAUCGAUAAUUCUCCUAUCCGGAAAGAACCUGCUGUAAAACAAUUCCAGAGACAAAAAGCUAGUGCCGAACAAUUUGCUCUUGCUAACCCAUCAAUUUCAAAUGGAAAUGUUAGAGUCUACUGUGAUUCUCAAAGUGUUAUAUGCAUAUCUAAAAGGUCGAGUCGGUUCAAGAUGCAGAGAGAAGGCGAAAGGUUCUUCAGAUCUCAGGGUUUCUCCGGUCAGGUUCGAAGCGAAGGGGUUGAUGGUGAAGUGAAGACGAAGCAUCUGGGGUGGGAUUUCUUCAGGAUUGCGGAAGCUGCGGUGGUAAAAUCUGGGUUCGAGAUUUCAGGAGCUGAAGAGUCAGCAAAAGAGUUGUGGAAAGGCUGUAUGAUUCUGGAGACAAGUCGAAAGGAAAGACUUGCAGAUGACAGCUACGACGGUGAUGGUACGAGGAGGAGCACCGGAGAUUGUAUCCACGGCGAGGUGAUUGAGAAUCGCCAAGGAAGAUCGAAAAAGUAA